AUGGCCGAGGCAGUUGAAGCAGUGGAAGCAGUGGAGGUGAGCAGCGGCGCGCUGGCGGGCCCCAGCUCGCGCGCCCCGGAGGCGGACGCGGACGAGCGCCGCCGCGCGCGCGACCCGCCCAUCAUCUAUACCGAUAUUGAUGGCGCGGUAGAGUUCGAGGCGCUGGUGGCGGCGCUGGAGGGCGUGGAGCUGUCGGCGGAGGAGCGCCAGAGCCUGGACGAGCUGCAGCAGUACCUGGUGGCGGGCGAGGGCAGCUGGGUGCUGGGCGACGAGUUCCUUACCUUCGUCGGGCGCGUGCUGACGGACGCGGGCGUGGGCAGCGCGGCGCGCGUGGCGCUGCUGCGCGCGCUGGCGGCGGCGGCGCGGCGCGACGACGCGGCGCUGCUGCUGCACCAGGACCGGCGCGCGCACGCGCUGCUGGCGUACGCGCACGGCGUGGAGGAGCUGUCGGCGGCGGAGCGGCUGGCGGCGGCGCAGUUCCUGUGCAACGUGUUCGCGCACGCCGCCGCGUCGGAGUGGCCGCUGUACAUCAGCGAGUGGACGGCGGGCGGGCGCGCGCUCAGCAACCUGCGCGUCACCACCAAGCUGUGCGUGCACUGCGUGCUCAGCGCCGACGCCGCGCUGCGCGACGCCGGCACCGCGCUGCUCUACAACAUCGCCGCCAAGGAGGUAAAGACGGUGAUGUUCGACGAGGUGUGCGUGGAGCUGUGCAUGGCGGCGCUGCAGCUGGUGGCGUGGGCGCCGCCCGAGGAGGCGCUGUGGCGCGCGCUGGCGGCGCUGGCGCGCCUCGUGCACCACUCGCAGGAGGUGCCGCAGCUCGUGGCCAUGGUGGGGCCCGACCCCGCCGCCUUCCGCGGCACGAGCCCGCGCGUGGACGAGCAGAUCGACAUCAUCAUGCAGAAGGUGGCGAGCGUGGCCAGC